UGAGGAAGACGUUGAUUUUUUAUUAUAUCGUCUCGCACUUGACGACAUUCAGUUAACAAUUUACAAGUACCUGGAAAUCCAGACGGAUUUACUGUGCAUGCAGAACCUAAAAUAGUAGGUAUUUGAAAUUAAUAAAAUUUUAUUAUUUCAUAUACCGUAAUCAUCAGCUUACCGUAUACUUGGCCAUAAACAAUUUCGAGUGAAGUUGUGAAAAAUCCAAGUGCAAUAAGCAAAUAAAACAUUUCUUAUUUAAAUAACUUAUGCGACUAAUAUGUAAAUCGCAUGUUUAAUAAUAAACAAGGUUAAAAGUUAUCUCUUUCUCUGACUUCUUCAUUGAUGAUAACUUUUUUGGUUUAUCUAGUAUAUUGAAGUGGGAAAAAUGUCAUAAAUAAAUCAUUAUUAACAUAAAUAUGUGGUUUGUUUAGAAUUAAAGAAGACAUGUUUCAUUUGCAUAUCACAUUUUUAGUUUUUACAGCUUUAAUAGAAAUUGUUUAUGGUCACCUAAAUGGUGCUUCAUGCACGGUACAUCCAACUGGAUUUCCAGGUAUUUGUAAAUUGUUAACUGAAUGUCGUCAAGUGCGACACGAUAUAAUAAAAAAUCACCAUCUUCCACAAUUAUGUGGAUUUCGGGAAACUCAACCGAUAGUUUGCUGUCCACAAGUUACACAAAAUAGAAAACCAGGUGAUAUAAGCAAGAUAAAAUGCAAAGAAUAUUCUUCUUAUGCGAAAAAUGAAUGUGGACAUAAAAUUGUUAAACGGAUUAUCGGUGGAGAAGUCGCAACGAGGAAGGAAUUUCCUCAUAUGGCGUUAUUAGGAUUUGAGGAAGCUAGUGGGAACGUAACUUCGAUUUGUGGAGGUACAAUUAUUAGCGAUAGGUUUAUUUUAACCGCUGCUCAAUGUUUCUCACAAAAUGGUAUCACACGUAUAAAUGUAAAAAUUGGGGUUACUAAUGUUAAUGAAACUGAUCAUAAACAAGAACUGAAUGUAUUACAAACCAUUGCACAUACAAACUACGAUUCUUUUUCCUUCUAUAAUGACAUAGCACUUGUAAAACUUGAAAAACCGAUUGAAUUAAAUUCGUACGCAAGACCUGCCUGUCUUUACACAGAAAAAUCAAUUUCAGUGGAAAAGGGUAUAGCUACUGGAUGGGGUAUAACAAGUUUUCCGUCACAUUCACAAAGUGAUCAGUUAAACAAAGUGGAGCUAGUUUUUGUUAGCAAUGAAUUAUGUAAUAAGACUUAUGAUGGUUUUGUUGUGGACGAUAGUCAGCUAUGUGCCGGUUCAGGGAAAGAUGAGAAAGAUACUUGUCAGGGGGACUCUGGAGGGCCAUUGCAGAUAUACCACGAAGGUGAUGAUAUUUUGUGCAUGUAUGAUGUAGUUGGAAUUACUUCUUUUGGUCAAUUCGACUGUGGAUUGGCUCCAGGUGUAUAUACAAGAGUUUCGCAUUACAUUAAAUGGAUUGAAGAUAUCGUAUGGCCAGAAAAACACUGAAUUUAGCUUAUUUUUUUAUUGUUUUAUUUGAGACCCUCCACGCGGACUCUACCAACACCGAAUAUUUUUAUAUCUUUUUAUUUGCGAGCAAUGUACGCGCAGGCAAACGAAAUAAAUUUACUUUCAUCGUA